AUGACCGAGAGAGAUGUUGAUGAAUUGACAAGAGGUGCAGGUUACCUGAAAGAAAAGGCUAUUAUUGGAUUGACUCGUGUGACAGGAGAUGAGUUGGAUAGGGCAAUCAUGAAGGUGACAAGCCAUAUGUUAAAGGCACCAAAAGAGAAGCACAUGCAAAGGCUCUUGGCCACGACGUAUGGGCAUUAUAAAAGCAAUACUCGUGAUGGGAAAAGCAUUUGUAGGUAUAUUGUUUCGGAACUUGAAAAACGAAUGCACACGCACAAUUGGAUUGUGGUGCUCAAAACUUUGGUGACAUUUCACCGUUUAAUGUCAGAUGGGUCGAGUGAGAUUAUUUUCUGCAUACAGCAGAAUCCAAAUUUAUUUUGUUUUCAUAAUCUGAAGGAUUUCACUAAAAGUGCGGGAGGUGCAGCGCAGUCCCUCUUCAUUCAACAGUACUUGAGCUAUCUUGAAGAGCGUGCGGUGUUGCAAGGUGUAAUUGGUCUUGAAAAUCGUUUGGAGAGUGUGGAAUUCAGUUCGGUCUUGCGUUCGAUGGAUGUGGGUUCCCUACAAGUAUGUUUCAAGGCGUUGUUGGCGAACCUGAUCGCCCUCGUUAAUGUCGAGUACCGAGAAGAAAUCGUGAACAACUUUUGUACCCUAGAAGCGUACCAAAAAAUCGUAGACGACGGGAAAAUAUUCUACCAACUGCUUUCUAAUCGAGUGAUCUUUAUACUUGACGGCUUCAGUGACUUUUCCGUUGCAUUAAAAUCCGUUUGGCUAGAGCUUUACCGAAGCUACAGCGUGACUGUGGAAAGACUGCGUCUGCUGUUUGACUCCAUCCUCGACUCAUACAGGGUCUUCGUGAAGCCUCCACCGCGGCUAAAGCCUUUGCCAGCUUAUUUCGCGGAGCAGCUGGAGAAUUGUGUUCGCCUGGAUAAAAUUCCCAUGCAAAACAUUACCCAAUCACUGAGGAGCUUGGGAAUAUGCGGAAGUGGAGUAACGACUCCAGCGAACGAGACGGUUGAAAAACCACCACCGACACUACCACCUACAGAAACAACGCAGCCAUUGCCAGGUAACGAAUCCUCUUCUUUACCAUCCGCUCCAGCAGCUGCAGCGGAUGGGGGUGCAAAACAACAAACCCUUUUUUCUAUGGACGACCUCUUUGUGGGCGCGGGUGCGCCCACAUCAGAACGGCAGGCUCCUUCUGCUCCAGUUGAUCCCUUAGAGGGUAAUCAGUAUUUUCCGUUUUUGCGUUCUCAACUCGAUACAAAUCUUGAAGCAGAAAAAACUGGAGAUCACUCUGCUACAUCCAAUGCUUUGCUUGAUGAAGGCUGGUCAACAGGGGCUCCCGCCCCAUCUGCACAAUACGCGACAGCGGCUCCAGUUACAGAUGAGGUGCCCCAUACCACGUGGGGUGUAACUACUUCUACGGCAAAUGAUGCGCCUCCAAUGCAAAGGAACAACAACGUCUUCACGGAAUUAUAUAAUGACGAAAAAAAGGGUUGGUAUGCCAAGAAAAUGUAG